AUGCGCGUGAAGAAGCUCUCCAUCACUGGCAAAGGCAACAUCGACGGUCAGGGCAAGGCCGUCUGGACCAAAAACAGCUGCCAAAAGAACUACAACUGCAAGAUAUUGCCAAACUCGCUGGUGCUGGACUUCUGUGACGACGCGCUCAUCGAAGGCAUCUCUAUCAUCAAUUCCAAGUUCUUCCACAUGAACAUCUUCCAGUGCAAGGGCGUGACCGUCAAGGACGUGAAGGUGACCGCGCCCGGGGACAGCCCCAACACCGACGGCAUCCACAUGGGCGACUCAUCCAAUGUCAGCAUCAUCGACACCACCAUAGGCGUUGGCGACGACUGCAUCUCCAUGGGCCCCGGCACCACAAAAGUCAACAUCAGCGGCGUGACCUGCGGCCCAGGCCAUGGCAUCAGCAUUGGCAGCCUCGGGAGGUACAAGGACGAGAAGGACGUGACCGACAUCACCGUCAAGAACUGCGUGCUCAAGGGCUCCAGCAACGGCCUCCGCAUCAAGUCGUACGAGGACGCCAAGUCGCCCCUCGUAGCAUCCAAGAUCACCUACGAGAACGUCAAGAUGGAGGACUCGGGCAACCCCAUCAUCAUCGACCAGAAGUACUGCCCCAACAAACUCUGCACCUCCAAGGGCGACGCCGACAGGGUCACCGUCAAGGACGUUACGUUCAAAAACAUCACCGGCAUGUCCUCCACCCCCGAGGCCGUCAGCCUGCUCUGCUCCGAGAAGAAGCCCUGCGAAGGCAUCACAAUGUCCGACGUCAAGAUCGAGUACUCCGGCACGAACAACAAGACCAUGGCUGUCUGCAGCCACGUCAAGGUCACCGCCACGGGAGUCGACAAGGCCAACACAUGUGCGGCAUGA